AUCCCAAUGAAUUGGGUUGUAUCCCAUCCCGGUUGACAUCGCAUCACUUGCUUCUUGUUUCGUCUCCGUUCGAUCACCACAUUUUCUUGAUUUCAACAAAUCUAAGCCGUUCAUUCAAAUCCCAAAACGCGGGAAAAAUCCGAAACGCAAAGAAAAAAGAUAGAGAGCAUAGAGUGAUAUAUACGGAGAGUUAGAUAGAGAGACUGGAAGAGACAAAAAACAACACAAAUAGAGAUAUACAGAAAGACUGAAAAAGAGAGGGCAUUUUCGAGAAAUGGCACCAAAACGCAAAACUGAGGAACCGGCGCAAGCUACUGCCGUGGCGGGAAGAGUAACUCGUUCUUCAGGGAGAGUAACUCGUUCAUCGGCGAGUUCAGGUACUAAGUUUAUCGAGUUACCAGUCACUAGGAAAUCACCCAACAAGAAGAAAAAGGUUGAGAAAAAAGCUGAAUCUAAAGGUAAAGGUAAACCGAAAGAAGCUUCUACAUCUGAAGGUGAGAAAGCGGAAGCAGAAACCUUUGAGGAUGUUCCAGAAGCUUCUAACAAGACUGUUGUCAUCAUUGAGCAUUGUAAGCAAUGCAACUCAUUCAAGACGAGAGCUCUUCAGGUGAAAGAAGCACUAGAGAAGAGUGAUGUUGAUGUCAUUGUGAAAGUGAACCCUGAGAAGCCAAGAAAAGGUUGCUUUGAAAUACGCGUACAAGGGGGCAAGCAGUUCAUUAGCCUUUUGGACAUGAAGCGCCCGUUCAAACCAAUGAAGGAGUUGGACAUGGACGAGGUCAUCUCAGGCAUCGUUAAUGAUUUAUCAAACGCAAAUGGGCUCUAGUUGUUUCACAAGUUCUCUUUUGGCUUGACUUAUAGUCGAAUUAGUUAAAUUGAUCUAAUGGUAAAAAUUCUUGGAUAGAUACAUCAAAGAUUGUAUUAAAUGUUGUUUUGUGGCUGUUAGUUUGAGAUGAUGCAACUAAUUAGGAGUUGAUGCAGUCAUUUUGGAUAUGGUAACUGUCUAGGAUUGAGUACCAUUGAUUUUGGUAUUAGGGAACCACAGGUUUCAUUUGCAUAUUCAGAUCCAAUUCCAGAUUAUAUUUUUUUGCCAGUUCUACUAUAAUGUCUUGUGAAAUAUCUGUUGUUUC